AAGAGCUCUGAGAAGGUGGCCGCUCGCUCUCCUGCCGCGGCCGCAGCUCUCUCACCUGAGGCCGACCCCUCUCUUGCCCCUGGCAUGAGCCGGCGGCCCUGCAGCUGCUCCCUACGGCCGCUCUCCGGUUCCUGCCGCUGCAGCUACGGCGCCCUGACAGCCGCCGGGCGCCCUUGCCCCUCGGACGGUUGUAAAGAAGCAAGUUCCACUCUCUCUGUCACAAUGAAGUGUGAUUUUAACUAUAACCAUGUUUAUUCUGGAAUUAAACCAGUCAAGCCUGAUGACUGUAGAAGACAAGGUUCCUGCACUACUGCAUAUUUGGAGGGCUCUUCUAAAGACUGUGUUAAAGACUAUGAAAGGUUAUCUGAUGUUGGGUCCCCAGCUGUGAGCCCCAGGAUUGUAGAACUUGAAACUGAAAGCAAGCCGUUGCAUAACAAGGAAAAUCAACGCAUACAACAAACACUUGAUAGUUCCAAUGACAUACAAGAACUAGAGACCAGCAGAUGUUAUGAAGACAGUGGCUACUCUUCAUUUUCCCAACAAAGUGGCCUCAGUGAACAUGAAGACAGUAGCCUUGCCCUGGUGGAAAGUUUCAGUGACAGUCCACAAUGCUGCCUGCUACGGACACAAAGCCCAGACCAAUAUCCCAACAAAAACUUGCUGCCAGCUCUUCAUUUUGAAAAAGUGGUUUGUUCCACGUUAAAAAAAAAUUGUAAACGAAAUCCUAAAAUAGAUUGGGAGAAGCUGAAGGAAUUUAUAUCCAGUGGAAAUUUUAGACUACAAAAUAUAAUUGGUAGGAAAAUGGGCCUUGAAUGUCUAGAUAUUCUCAGUGAACUCUUUCGAAGAGGACUCAAACAUCUCUUAGCAAAUAUUUUAACACAACUCAGUGAGAUGGACUUAAUCAAUGUGUCUAAAGUGAGCACAACUUGGAAGAAGAUUCUGGAAGAUGACAAGGUGGCAUUGCAAUUGUACAAUAAAGCAAUACAAAGAAUUACUGAAAAAAACAUUAAGUUUUCACCACACGCUUCGACCAGAGAGUAUGUUUUAUUCAGAACCCCUUUAGCAUCUGUGCAAAAAUCAGCAACCCAGACUCUCCCCAAAAAAGAUGCUCGAACUAAGUUACCUGAUCCAGGUGAUCAGAAAGGUUCUACUUACAGUCGACACAGUGAAUUCUCUGAGGUCGCCAAAACUUUGAAAAAGAAUGAAAGCCUUAAAGCCUGUAUUCGCUGUAAUUCACCUGCAAAAUAUGAUUGCUAUUUACAACGGGCAACCUGUAAACGAGAAAGCUGUGGAUUUGAUUAUUGUACAAAGUGUUUGUGUACUUAUCAUACCACUGAAGACUGUUCAAAUGGCAAGCCCCUAAAAGCCAGUUAUAAAAUGGGUCCUUUGCCUGGUACUAAGAAAAGCAAGAAGAAUUUACGACGAUUAUGAUUGCUUAUUACAUCAAUUGAGAUUGAUCAUGAAGGCUAGUUAGAAAAGUGUUAGGUUUUAAUUUAAAAAAAAUAAAAAAUGUAUUGUGAUGUUCAAUUUUAUGUUGAAAUCAGUGUAAUACAUGGGAUUUUUCCCCUCAGUGAAAAAAGAGGGUACACAACUUCUUAAAAUAUUUUACAAUUUAAUAGUGAAAAAAUUUAAAAUUCUCAAUGUAAAUCAGAAAAUAUAAAUAUUUUAAGAAAAAAAGGGAAAUUAUGAGGAUUGUGAUUCAGAGGUAAAAUAAAAAAUUCAUUCCAUUUUAUGGUAAAGGAAGACCAUGUCAUUUUACCUAGACAGUCUUAAAAGUAAAUCUUCUUUACCAUCUAUUAACAGGUGGUUUUAUUUGCUUUACCAAAUUAAUAAUAUCUAUUGAAAUAUCAGCUUCUGGUGUCUCCAUGUAAAUGUUUUGUCACCUUUGUUUUACCUCUUUUUUAGAGUGUGUUUCCCAAAAAAGUAUCCUUUGUGAAGUUUUGCUUGUUUUCCUUAUUUGUAAAGUUUGUAUGUUUUAAUAUUUUGUACAUAUGUAAAUAUUUCUGUGUUUUUUAUGUCAGAGUAAGAAAAUAAAUGCCUUUUGUAUAUAUAUGUAAUUUUUUUCCUAUUAUGAAUAAAAUUGUUACAAGCUU